GUUAAUAUUAAAUGAUCUAAACUUUGCAUAUCAUCAAUAUAAAACUCAAGGGCCAGCGGGGCAACUAUAAAAAGCAAUAUUUUAUUUGACGACAUUGAAUUAUACUCGUAUAUAUACGAUCAGUCAUCUCUAUAAAUGGGUGGUAUAAGUCUCUUGGUGAGUGUGAGGUUUUGUACUGCUUAGAGAGUUUCAUAAAAAAUAAGGUAAGUGCGUGAAGAUGAUAAGGAUGAUGAAGCCUAUGCUAUUGAUGCCCUUUUGGUUAUUAGCCAUAGGCAUAGCUUAUGCUUCAUCCUCCUCCGCCUCCCCCUCCCCCUCCCCCUCCGUCAUUAUCGUGGGUGCGGGAAUGUCAGGCAUUUCUGCAGCGAAAAGACUAAGUGACGCUGGUAUUAAAGAUUUCGUAAUAUUAGAGGCAACAAAUAGGAUCGGUGGUCGAAUCAAGAAGACUAAUUUUGCAGGCUAUACUGUUGAGAUGGGAGCUAAUUGGCUUCAUGGUGUAGGUGGUCCUUUUAGGAAUCCUCUCUAUGAAAUGUCCAAACAAAUUCAUCUUAAGAAAUUCUUUUCUGACUUCAGCAAUAUCUCAUCCAACACUUAUAAACAAGGGGGUGGGCUGUACAAGAGCAAUGAGGUCGAUGCUGCAAUUAAUAAAGUUGAUGAAACCUUUGAUUUUGGUGAGAAGUUUUCAAAGAUGUUGAAUGCAGAGAAGAAUGAAGAUGAUGAUAUGUCCAUUUUAGCUCUUGAACGUCUUCAUAAUACGGACCCAAAAACAAAUCUAGAGAAAAUGAUAGAUUUCUUCAAUUUUGAUGGAGAACAAGCGGAGGCACCAAGGGUUUCAAGCUUGAGGCAUGUAAUACCAUUUGCUGAGGCACAUGAUUAUGGAGAAAAUGCGUACUUUGUAGCAGACUCUAGGGGUUUUGAAAGUUUGGUUCAUCUUAUUGCAAAACAAUAUCUGUCCUACAAAAACGGGGUUAUCAAUGAUCCAAGGCUCAAAUUUAAUCAGGUUGUGAGGGAGAUUGAGCAGACAAAGGGCGGAGUAACGGUCAUACGCACGGAAGACGGUAAACAUUACCAGUCCAAGCUUGUAAUAGUGUCUGCUAGCCUUGGUGUUUUACAAAGUGACCUUAUCAGCUUUAAACCGCAACUACCUCUAUGGAAAAGACGUGCAAUCCAGGAGUUUAGCAUUGGAAUAUAUACGAAAAUCUUCCUCAAGUUCCCUCAUGCAUUUUGGCCUACUGGAAAUGGGACUGAAUUUUUCCUGUAUGUUCAUGAGAGACGUGGAUAUUAUGCAAUUUGGCAGCACUUGGAGAAUGAGCAUCCAGGAUCAAAUGUUAUGUUUGUGACCGUAACAGAUGACGAAUCCAUAAGAGUAGAGCAACAAUCUGAUAAAGAAACUAAAGCUGAAGCCAUGCAAGUUUUGAGGAAAAUGUUUGGAAAAAACAUUCCUGAAGCUACCGAUAUAAUGAUUCCUCGAUGGAAAUCUGACAGAUUUUACCAAGGAUCUUUCACUAAUUGGCCUGUUGGCUUUACUCAAAAGCGUCACAACCAAUUGAGGGCUCCCGUCGGUAACGUCUACUUUACAGGAGAGCAUACACAUCCUAGAUUAUUUGGAUACGCAGAUGGCGCGUAUUUUGCAGGUUUAAUUUCGAUAUAUCAUCCAUUUUCUCAUAUACAUAAAGAUGUGAAUUUAAAUACUAAGCUAAUUAAUUUUGAUUAUAUAAUUAAAAAUUGCAUUUUUACAACAGGUGCUAAUACAGCAAAAGAUGUGAUACAAUGUCUGAAGAAUAAAAUUUGCAAAUAAUGAGUUGGAGUCUAGUUGCGAGUGUUGUAGGUGAAGUUAUCAUUUUCUCAAUUGUAAUCUCUUUUUUCCUUUUCAAAAGGAAUUAAUAAUUAUUUGCAUUGUAAAAAGAGGUUCUACGCUAGCUCAUCAUUGGGAUUUAAAAAUAAAUCCCAAUAAUCAACUUUUUUCCUUUCUUCAAA